CCCGCCGGGGCCGCUGUGCGGGCGCCUCCAGAGGAGCCGCGACCUCCCGCCCCGCCGGAGCGCGGCGGCGGAUCCUGAGCUCGGAGCCCGGAGCCUACCUCCGGCUGCGGGAACGGGGCGCCCGCCACCUGCCCCGCCACCUGCCUCGCCAUCGCCGCGCAGAGACCGCCUGGGUGCCAGCGGGCGCGGCAUCCCGCGUGCGCCCCGCGGAGCUGCAGACCGGCCGUCGGGGGCGCGGCCCGCCCGGAGCAGACAACCGGUCUAGCCCCGCAACGCCGGGUGCCGGGAGCGCUGCAGCCCGCGGUAUCCCAGGCGGGGAGGCCGGUGGAGACCGGCUGGUGUUGGGGAGAAAGCGGUGCCUGGCCGAGGCCUCGGACCCGGGCAACAGAGCACCAUGGCCCCGAAGCUGUUGCUGCUACUUUGCCUGUUUUCCGGCUUGCAUGCUCGGUCCAGAAAGGUGGAAGAGGAUGAGUAUGAAGACUCUUCAUCAAACCAAAAGUGGGUCUUGGCACCAAAAUCCCAAGACACCGAUGUGACUUUGAUUCUCAACAAGCUGCUAAGAGAAUAUGACAAAAAGCUGAGGCCGGACAUCGGAAUAAAACCGACGGUAAUCGAUGUGGACAUUUAUGUUAAUAGCAUUGGUCCUGUGUCAUCAAUAAACAUGGAAUACCAAAUUGACAUAUUUUUUGCUCAAACCUGGACGGACAGUCGCCUUCGAUUCAACAGCACGAUGAAGAUACUUACUCUGAACAGCAACAUGGUAGGCUUGAUAUGGAUCCCAGACACAAUCUUCCGCAACUCUAAAACGGCAGAGGCCCACUGGAUCACCACACCUAACCAGCUUCUCAGAAUCUGGAAUGACGGGAAAAUCCUUUACACAUUAAGGCUCACCAUCAAUGCGGAAUGCCAGCUGCAGCUGCAUAACUUCCCCAUGGAUGAGCACUCCUGCCCACUGAUCUUCUCUAGCUAUGGCUACCCCAAAGAAGAAAUGAUUUAUCGCUGGAGGAAAAAUUCAGUUGAGGCAGCUGAUCAGAAAUCAUGGCGACUCUAUCAGUUUGACUUCAUGGGCCUCAGAAACACCACAGAAAUUGUGACAACAUCUGCAGGUGAUUAUGUAAUCAUGACUAUAUAUUUUGAAUUGAGUAGAAGAAUGGGAUACUUCACUAUUCAGACAUAUAUUCCCUGUAUACUGACUGUGGUUUUGUCCUGGGUGUCGUUUUGGAUCAAAAAAGAUGCUACACCAGCAAGAACAACAUUAGGCAUCACCACGGUGCUUACCAUGACCACACUCAGCACCAUCGCCCGGAAGUCCUUGCCUCGCGUGUCCUACGUCACUGCCAUGGACCUCUUUGUGACCGUGUGCUUCUUGUUCGUCUUUGCGGCACUCAUGGAGUAUGCCACCCUCAACUACUACUCAAGCUGUCGAAAGCCAACGGUCACAAAGAAGAAAACAUCGUUAUUACAUCCAGAUUCCACAAGAUGGAUUCCUGAGCGAAUAAGCCUACAAACACCUUCUAACUAUUCUCUCCUUGAUAUGAGGCCCCCACCACCCGUGAUGAUCACUUUAAACAAUUCUGUAUACUGGCAGGAAUUUGAAGACACCUGCGUCUACGAGUGUCUGGAUGGCAAAGACUGUCAGAGCUUCUUCUGCUGCUAUGAGGAAUGUAAAUCAGGAUCCUGGAGGAAAGGGCGUAUUCACAUAGACAUCUCCGAGCUGGACUCAUACUCCCGGGUCUUUUUCCCUACGUCAUUCCUGCUAUUCAACCUGGUCUAUUGGGUUGGAUACCUAUAUCUUUAAGUGCUGCUCUUAGGGAUGGAUGAGUGAAGAGUAAUUGGUUUGCAUUCUUCCCCCUCCAUUAUCCCCAGACCAGAAGUGACCAACCAAGUAGCAAGAAAGUAUGCUGCUCAGUUCAUUCUAAAUUACCUUUCAGCAGCAUGGGAAGUAUCUGGGAAAUAGUCCUCAUAAGUAUUUCACUAAUACACACUCACAUGUGCACGCACACACACAGUAAAUGAAUUUUAAAGUGAUAUUCUUGCUAAUCCCUUCUUGAACCUGUAGCUUGAUGUUUAUGGUCUUGGACACUAGAAUCUGCUGGUUACCCUUUCAAAGACUCCCGUAAAACAUGAAAAAACUAUCCCAGAGGUCAUCUCAGACCUCCACCCUUCAUGUCUCUUUCCUUUGUGACCCUUGGCACCAGUGUCCAUGUGUACAGGAUCUCUCCUGGUGGAGGUACACUCAUGCUGGCCUCAUACUGAGGUCCAGUUUGAAAUGCAGUAAGCUUCGGUCCUCUCUCUGAGGCCUGAUUGAGGACCAUUGUUCUUAGUUUCCUUUACCUGGCCACCUUCUUUCAGGCAUGAGAAGAGUACACAUGUAUCAGCCACAAGUUUCCAUUUGAGGAAAAAUACGAUCUUUAAAAUUCAUGUUGCUGAAGUGAGAACUGCUGAUUAUCUCUAAAUCUUCCAAGGGAAUUUUUUUUUUAUUCUAGACUGCUGAUUGUCAGCAGUAUUUGAACACUGGGUUCCUGGAUUAGUUCAACAUUUCCUUCCAAAAGCUAUGUUUUACUGGACCAUGUCUCAACCCCAGACUGUGUGUCUAGCUUAUAUUAUUAUCAGGUGUUUAGUAACUGUCUUCAUCUUAUAAAGACAUAUGACAUGUAUAGGUCUUUGUUUUGAAAAUACAUUCCAGAGUGUGAAAGAAAUGUAGAUAGGCUUUCAAAAACUUCAUAGUGAAUAUUAAUUUUCAAAUCAAACCAACUUUAGAUGCAAAAAAUGGGCAAUGGCUUUCAUCAGUUAUACAUUUUGAUGAGCAAAAAUUAUUUUAUACUUUGAAAUAUGGACCUAUAGCAAAAUCCCAAAGAGUCCCCCCCAGUCAAUUCUCUUUUGAUACUUUUAUAACACAAGAUCAGUUUGCUUCUUGAUGUUCAUUCUUUGCUAUAACCGGAUGUUGGUGUGCACUUCAUGUUCCUGACUCCUUUGAUGCUUCAUUUCCUCCACCGCUGGGAGCUACAUCUCUUCCCAGUCAUUAACAGUGCUCUGGUGUUAUUAAAAUGUCAGCCAUAGAAUCUCUGUGCUUCUCAUCUUUCACAUAGAAAACUGAAUCAACUUUAUUGAAAAUCAUUCAUUUUUCAAUUUCUAUGGUAUAUACUAUAUAAUUACUUAAUAAAACCACAUACAGAAGGAAUAUAUGAAAGUCCUGACUUCACAUAAGGAGAAGAGGACAGGAAUGAAAGGGACCAGAAAAACUGAAACUAUAUAGUUCUGUUGAUUUUUAUUAAUACUGUUGCAUAUCAAGUGAAUGUGUAAAUACAGAAAUAU